AAAUUAACCAGGUAGGCAACUUUCUCUUUGGAAAGUCAGACGGCUGACAUGGAGUUUUGGAUUUAAUAAGGUAGAGUUUGAUGGUCAAUGGAGGUUUCCGGUAAGAAAAUCCAGGCGGAUACCACUGUUCUGGAAGCAACCUUUUGCCAGCCAUGCUCCAUUGAUGGGGUAACACUGCCAGCCGAGGCCUUCUGUACUAUCUGCCAAGAGUUCAUGUGCUCUGGCUGCGCAAAUUAUCACAAGAAACAAAAGAUGUUAAGGUCACAUACACUCUUGGAUAAGAGCAGGAUGCCUAAAACUAUGAUGACUCACUCAGAUGAACAGUCAAUCACAGAGUCUUGUGAAACCCAUCCUGAAGAGUUUAUUAAAUACUUUUGUGUAUCCCACCAGACACCUAACUGCGGACAUUGUUCUAUUAUAGGGCAUAACUCAUGUGAAGUUCAAAUAAUAUCUGACAUAUGUAAGAACUUCAAAGAUAGCAAGGAGUAUGGGAACAUCAAAACAACCAUUGCCCAAUUACUAGAGGACAAUGAAACGUGUGUAGCUGAUAUUGAUGAAAGUACUAAGUUUGUUACAAAGCUGGCUGAAGAUCAGGUCUCAAAGUUAACGGAAUACGGAGAAAAGGUUAACAAAUACUUUGAGGAAAGGAAAAAAUCCCUACUUACUAUAAUAGAGCAAAUGAAAAAUACGAAUCAAACACUGUUUGACUCAUUAAUUCCCAAAUGUGAUACCAUCAGAUUCAAAGUUACAUAUAUUAAGUCAACGCUUGAAGCACAGGAGAAAAACACUGCCAAAUUGUUUAUAGAAACCAAGCGAGCCCAGAAACAGCUAGAGAGUCUGCAGUCGGUCCUAGAUGAAAUAAACAAGGAGAUGACCAUUCAUGGCUAUCAGUUUGAAAAAGAUCCUGUCACAGAGGAAUUGCUGCAAACAGGCACAGGCCUUGGUACGAUUGAUAUACUAGAAACUGAGGAUAGCACGUCAAAGAAACAGGAAAAGACGGAAGAAUCGUCCGAGGAAUCGGAUGACGACUUCGUGCUUCGAAAUUUUAGUCCAGGGAAAAUUGCCUCCAAAAAUCCUCAUUUUGAAUAAAGUCUUAUCAGUCCAUGAAUUCACCAUGGCAUUAUACCAGUCAACUGAUCACCACUAAGCAGGCCAUCCUGCUGGGUUAUUUACUGUGUAUAUUCCUAGAUGUUUCUUGUACUGACCAAUUUCAGUUUUUGAGCAUUGAAAUAGUUGGGAGUGAAUUGCAUGAAUACAACUGUUCUUGAAAAGGGGAUGCAUAUAUUCAUACAAAAAGGAUAUACACAAUCCCAUUUAGAGUUGUAUGUGGCCCAAUCCCUUUGCAUGUCCUUUUUAUAUGAACGUAAGCUUUGUUACAUUGCACUGUUUCUGUUCCUUUGUUGUUAUCAUCAUCAUAAAAUGUGUAAAUGUAUCGUCAUGCAAUAAAAUAUGUUUAAACUAGA